CGAGAGUUCUCAAGCUCGACUUACGCGACGUGAAUCGUAUCUGUUACUGCUGAGAUACGAAAUAUCGCUAUCAUGGAUUCGCUGAAUCCAGAUCAGACCUUCACCGCAGCGGAUCGCAUCCGACAGUUGAAUGAAAUCGACAAGGAUGUAACGAGGUUGAUUCACUCCGCCGGACUGGCAAUCCAAUCCCUAACAAACACGCGAUCGCGCGACUCCGAGUCAACGGACAAUACACUCGAAUCGCACAAGGCCGCAUUCAAAGCCGCGACUUCGCAGUACUUCGCGCUACUUUCUUCAAUCGAUGUCCGGCUUAGGCGUCAGGUCUAUGCUUUGGAAGAAGCAUCGAUUCUCGCGCCUGAGCCUACGUCCAGAACUGCAGAAGCGGCGGGCGGUGCAGGUGGAGCGGCUGCCUCAGCGAACCCGCUUGAGAUCAGCUGGCUGAAUAGCAGGAAGGAUACUGUCGGGAAGGAUAAGGAAGCGGAAUUGUGGGCUGAAGCAAAGGAAUUUGUGUCGCAGAUCCAGAAAGAAAAGGCGCCCAAUACAUCGGAUAGCGAUACGAAGAUGGAGGUUGAUUGAGCCCGCACCGACAAUCGGAAAAUGCGUUUUGCAGGGACCGAAUGAACCGCAACCUUCUUCACUCAGAGAUACUGCAGGCUUGGUUGAACCUAUCGCUUGGAGCUACGACGUCGACUUGGCGCAUCGCCUCUACUGAAUUUGUUCUCUCGAGUCCGAGAGACUUUACAGCUACUACCUGGACACCAUAGCAUUAUGGUAUGCGAUUUUAGGACAUAUGGCAGGUCUGGCCACCUGUCAAGUAAGAUUGCAGAGUAUGUCUGCUGUGUGAGUUGAAUUCUCACAAAACCAGUGGCCAACGCGGGGCCUAAGCACUGUUUCUUGCGCAAGUGGACUAUCGAUCUCGCGCGACUACACAGCGCCCGUGGGCCCCUCCAUUUACCGUGCGCAUACGAGACUACAGGGUAUCAGAAACGACCGU